AUGGUCAUUCAGAGGUUGUAGUUCACGACAGGAUAUUUCUCUUCGUCUCUCUCAUCUACAGUAAACGUAAGAAGUCGCCUUUUAGCUCGUAUUUACUAGGACAGCAUAAAUUUGAGGAACUUGCAAGCCUGUGUUAGUCAUGGCGUCACGAAACUAUCCCGCUAACACACAAAUUCAGAAGUUCUUGGAGGAAGCCAUUCAUAAGGAACGAGACGCACGUCUGGCUUGGUAUUUCAACAGGUCUCAAUCCGAUCUCAGUUCUACAGGGGAUGGCAAGUCAAGACAGUACGAAGUCUUCAGAAAGAAGGUUGAAAAUAUGCCGAAGACAGACCUUCUAGAAAAGUUUCCCAAAGACUACAAGCCACCAGCGUAUAACAAGAAGAAACCGACCUACCCAGAUACAAUGCUGGAAAAGGCAGCCAAGGACCCAAAUCUAUCUAAGGGCUUAAUAACAGCAGAAAUGAACCCAGUACCGAGCAGCACCAAAGUUGCACUCUACGAUGGAUUCACCAAGGAAGGUAAAGGCAGAUACAAAUAUCUACAACAGCGCAACCAUGUCAGUCCAGAAGACAAAUUUACCUUCCCUAUUCUUAGCUCAUGGGACAUUGGCUGGAGACUUGGAGAUGUCAUCAAGAAAGAGGACAUCAAGAAACCCCAGUAUGGCCGCACAAGGAUUGUUGAAGACACAUUUUGGACCAGGAAUGGAAUUCUCUCACAGUGUGGCCGAUAGUAAAAAGCAGUUGUGUUUGUUGUAGACUUGAGUGAUCAUCGAGACAAGAAAAAAUUGACAUACUAGAGAACUCUGAUUGGCCAGACUAUUUUGGAUAUGUGACAUAACUCCAUUUUCAGCAGUGGUACCUAAUUUUGAAAUCCACGUCAAAGUGCUGUUUACAAGCUUUUCUGCAUGACUCAAACUUAGAUAGCCUUUAGUGUGCAGAAUCAUAUUUAAUUGCAAAAUGCCACAAAAUUUUGUAUUCAUAAGACAGUUAGAAAAGUCUGCAUUUAUUUCGCUUUCGGCAGACAUGUUGGUUGUGAGUAUGAAACAAAACUAUCAUUUGUUGACCUGCAUUAGCUUUACUUACAAAUAAGGGAGUCUGAAUUUACAAUUUUGAUACCUUGCUAUGCAAUUUGUAAUAUCACAAGUAUUUUCCAGUCUUCUUGCUGGUAAUCUUUGCAAUGGUGGUAAAACAAAUCUUUACAGCAUAAUAUUUGUUACCAUUUUUCAGUAACAUGCAACAUUCGUGGUCAUAUUUUUGUACACUUUAUAUAUGAUGUUAUUAGAUAUGCUGUGUGCUGUGAUAUAUGUACAUAUGUUUAGUUAACCUUGUUGAUCUAAAAUGAUCUGGCCCAUUAUCAGUGCCAACCGUCCAUUGACGUAUGAAAUUAUUCAUAUGCGCAUUGUGUAAAUAGUUAAAAUUGUUUGUUGAAUAAGCUACCUAAUCAGUUCAAAUGUCACCUAGAAUUACUAGUAACAUAUUAUAUCAUAGAUGUGCUUUCUUUGUAAAAUACUUUUCUUUCUAUGAAUGAGUGUGCAAUAGCAUGUCUUCAAAUUUCAAGGCUGGUUUGCAAAUUGAUUAAACAGUUUUGUCAUGCUUCAACAAUGAUUGCAGUACUACAAAUGUAAAU